GACUGUUUCAAACCCCUCUCAAACCCUUAAAAGACCCCCUUCCCUCUUCCACAACUCAUUCUUCUCAUCUGUCUUCGAUUCCUUUCUUUCAAAAAUCAAAGCUUUUUUCGAUCCAUCAAUGGCAGAAGAAACCCUCAACACAGCCGCACAAUCGGCAGCUCAUGCUGAGGUUGCCGUUGUUUCCGAUGUCCCAGAGGCCGAGAAGGUUGAAACCUGUGCAAAAGAAGCUGUCUUGCCGGAGCCGGUGAAAGAUGCUGUCGUUGAAGAUGAGAAGGAGAAGGUUGCUGCUUCGACUUCCUUCAAGGAGGAAAGUAACAUUGUGGGUGAACUUCCUGAUCCACAGAAGAAGGCUUUGGAUGAACUGAAACAUUUGGUUCAGGAAGCUCUUAACAAGCACGAGUUCACUGCUCCUCCACCACCUGUUAAGGAGGAGAAGCCGGUUGAGGAAAAGCCAUCAUCCGUCGUUGAAGAGGAAGCCAAGCCUUGUGAGGAUCCAGCAGUUCCCACGACGGUGGCUGAACCUGUGGUUGAGUGCAAGGAAGAAGAGAAGGUUACACCACCGGCGGCAGAGCCAUCGGAGCCUGUGAAGGAAGUGGCCGAGGUUAUCGUGAAAACCGAAUCCUGCAUCGACGAAGACGGAGCAAAAAAGAUCGAAGCGAUUCAAGAAACGAUCGUAGCAGUCACCAUGCCUGCGGAGCCACCAAAGACAGAGGAAACUGAGCAACCACCGUGCGCGGCAGAGGAAAUCCCAAUCUCACCUGAAGAAGUCUCCAUCUGGGGAAUCCCAUUACUCGCCGACGAACGUAGCGAUGUUAUUCUCCUGAAAUUCCUCCGCGCAAGAGACUUUAAGGUCAAAGAAGCCUUCACCAUGCUUAAAAGCGUGGUGGCAUGGAGGAAAGAGUUCGGGAUCGAAUCACUACUCGAUGAAGAUCUGGGAACAGAGCAAGAGAAGGUGGUUUACAUGCACGGCGUCGAUAAAGACGGCCACCCAGUCUGCUACAACGCAUACGGCGAGUAUCAAAACAAGGAAUUAUACCAAGCAACCUUCUCCGACGAAGAGAAGCGCAAGAAUUUCCUCCGAUGGAGAAUCCAGUUCCUGGAAAAGAGCAUCAGAAAGCUCGAUUUCAGCCCCGAUGGGAUCUCCACCAUCGUACAAAUCAUCGAUCUCAAAUUUUCCCCCUCCCCCUUCAAGAAAGAACUCCGUCAAGUUCUUCAGUUGCUCCAGGACAAUUACCCAGAAUUCGUUGCCAAACAGGUGUUCAUCAAUGUUCCAUGGUGGUACCUUGCUUUCUACAAGAUGUUCAAUCCAUUCUUCACCCAGAGGACCAAAAGCAAGUUCGUUUUCGCUGGUCCUUCAAAAACUUCUGAAACCCUCUUCAAAUACAUAGCACCGGAGCUUGUUCCAGUUCAAUACGGUGGGCUUAGCAGGGACGGCGAACAAGAGUUCACCGCCGGCGACUCCAUCACGGAGGAGAUCAUCAAGCCUUCUUGCGAACACACAAUCGAGCUUCAAGCUCCUGAGGCAUGCACGUUGAUAUGGGAGGCGAGAGUGGUGGGAGGUGAAGUUUCAUAUGGGGCAGAAUUUGUACCGAGUGCAGAAGAUGGAUACACUGUUAUUGUUCAGAAGGCGAGGAAGGUUACAGAGAGCAGUGAUGGAUCGGUGAUUUGUGGGAAGUUUAAGUGUGGUGAAGCAGGGAAAGUGGUGCUUACAUUCUUUAAUCAGACCUCGAAGAAGAAGAAGGUGCUUUACAGGUUCAAGAGCGAGUAAAAAAGCUGCUUCGUAUUUCAUUCAUACAUUAUAUUCUUGGAAUUUAUUUAUAUUGAUUUGGUGAUUUGAUUUGAUUUGUUUUGUGGUUUUAGUAUGUUCAUUAUAUAUUGGGAUUUGGUGUAUUGAAAUUUACAUAUAGAAAUGGAUUGUGAGCAAUUACAGUUUGGUUCGAAG